CGCGGAAUAUGUGAUUGCCCACUGCAAAUCAUGGUCCUUGUUUAUCCUUAACAAGAAUUUUAAGUGUCUGAGUUUAAAUUCUCCUGUUUGAUUCCAUGAGAUCUCUUUAUGGAUUCAAAUAUCACCAUAACACUCAGUCUUAACAUUGGCAUUUAAGAUUUAUCAGUGCUGUUAUUAUCCUAUUUGUCACUCUUAAAGAUAUGAAUGUGGAUUUGAUAAGAGAAGGAAGUGAGUUCAAAUGAAAGUAUGAGAGGUAGGAUUUAUUGGUUUCCUGUGUACAGUAUAUUAUUUGUUUGCUGAUCUUCCUGUUGCUUUCAUUAUAACCGAACAGCAUGCGGUGAUGCUGAAAAUUCAGAGAGGAGCUGUGACAGCAGUUAUGAACAUGAGUUUGUUUGUGCUGCUUCUGCUGUCAGGACUUCUGUGCAGCGCUUCUGGUCUUUGGCGAGAGUAUCAGUACAUAAACAUAAGUAUGACAUGGGCUGAAGCUCAGAGUUACUGCAGAGUGAGAUACACUGAUCUGGCUACUGUAGACUCUAUAAAUGAUGUGAACAGGAUGCUGAACACAGUGAAUGAUGGGUACGGUGGAUCAGUGUGGAUUGGCCUGAAGAGGGGGACACAGGAUCGUUGGGUUUGGUCUAAUGGAGAAAACACAUUCUCACAGUACAGUAACUGGGCCACAGGACAGCCAAAUGUAAACGAAUAUUGUGUGUCUAGCUAUAAUGGGUUUUGGCAUGAUGUGCCAUGUGACCGAGCUCUAUGUCAUAUUUGCUACAACGGUGAUACAGGAUACGUCAAAUUGUUGACUUCUAAAAACUGGACAGAUGCACAGAGUUACUGUAGACAAUAUCACACUGAUCUGGCCACCAUCCGCAGCUCUCAGGAGCAGAACCAGCUUGAUGCUCUUGGUGUAUCUGGGGUAUUCGUCUGGAUCGGUCUGUUCAUGGACUCGUGGCAGUGGUCUGACCAAUGGGACCGCUACUAUAGAAACUGGGCAGCAGGAUACACAUCUCGGACUUCAGGAUCUGGUGACUGUGUUGCCAUGACAACAACUGACUCUGGGAAUUGGGUUCAGUACAGUUGUGAUCUACAGCGUCCUUUUAUCUGCCAUGGAGCGCCCAAACCUAUUUAUCGCCCGUAUCACUAUAUACAUAAGAAUAUGACAUGGGCUGAAGCUCAGAGUUACUGCAAAGUGAGAUACACUGAUCUGGCUACUGUAGACUCGAUGAAUGAUGUGAACAGGAUGCUAAAUACAGUGAAUGAUGGGUACGGUGGAUCAGUGUGGAUUGGACUGAAGAGGGGGACACAGGAUCGUUGGGUUUGGUCUAAUGGAGAAAACACAUUCUCACAGUUCAGUAACUGGGACACAGGACAGCCAAAUGUAAACGAAUAUUGUGUGUCUAGCUAUAAUGGGUUUUGGCAUGAUGUGCCAUGUGACCGAGCUCUAUAUCAUAUUUGCUACAAUGAAAGUACAGGAUACGUCAAAUUGUUGACUUCUAAAAACUGGACAGAUGCACAGAGUUACUGUAGACAAUAUCACACUGAUCUGGCCACCAUCCGCAGCUCUCAGGAGCAGAACCAGCUUGAUGCUCUUGGUGUAUCUGGGGUAUUCGUCUGGAUCGGUCUGUUCAUGGACUCGUGGCAGUGGUCUGACCAAUGGGACCGCUACUAUAGAAACUGGGCAGCAGGAUACACAUCUCGGACUUCAGGAUCUGGUGACUGUGUUGCCAUGACAACAACUGACUCUGGGAAUUGGGUUCAGUUCAGUUGUGAUCUACAGCGUCCUUUUAUCUGCCAUGGAGCACCCAAACCUAUAUAUCGCCCGUAUCACUAUAUACAUAAGAAUAUGACAUGGGCUGAAGCUCAGAGUUACUGCAAAGUGAGAUACACUGAUCUUGCUACUGUAGACUCGAUGAAUGAUGUGAACAGGAUGCUAAAUACAGUGAAUGAUGGGUACGGUGGAUCAGUGUGGAUUGGACUGAAGAGGGGGACACAAGAUCGGUGGGUUUGGUCUAAUGGAGAAAACACAAUCUCACAGUUCAGUAACUGGUACACAGGACAGCCAAAUGGAAAUGAAUAUUGUGUGUAUAAUAGCUAUAACGGAUUUUGGCAUGAUAUGCCAUGUGAUAGAAAUCGAUAUAUUGUAUGCUACAACGAAAGUAGUACUGGAUACGUCAGAUUUUUCGCUCCUAAUAACUGGACAGAUGCACAAAGUUACUGCAGACAAUAUCACACUGAUCUGGCCACCAUCCACAACGUUGAGGAGCAGAACCAGAUAAAUGCUUUAGUUGGACUGGAAUCGGUCUGGAUCGGUCUGUUCAUGGACUCGUGGCAGUGGUCUGACCAAUGGGACCGCUACUAUAGAAACUGGGCAGCAGGAUACACAUCUCGGACUUCAGGAUCUGGUGAUUGUGUUGCCAUGAAAACAACUGACUCUGGGAAAUGGGUUCAAUACAGCUGUGACCAGAAGUUACCCAUUAUCUGCUAUGGAGAUGACAAGCAGACGGUCAGUUCAAACGUAUCCUGUGAUCAAAGAUGCAGCUUGAAUGAUCCUGCAGUGCAGACAGCUAUUCUGAAUGAGAUCAAUGAAAAGUUGAACAGCUUGGGCCUGGAAAGCUACAAAAACAUCGCCUGGAUAAAGGAUUAAAGUGGAGAGAUUAAUCGUACAAUGACGUCAAACAUUAAAUGUGAUGGGAACUAAUCUUCAAUGUAAAGGAAUAUAUGAAGAGUUUAGAUAAGUCUAGUCUGGGACUAAGAUAAGCCUGUCCGGAAAACUGCCCCAAAGAGUUUUCUUUCAGAAUUUACAUGCACACUUAAAAAAUUGGGUUGUACAAAGCUUUAUUCACACUGAUGCCAAAGGUUUCUCAAAGGUUUCUCAAAUGUUCUUUAAAGACAAACUAAAUUUUUAAAACCGAAAGGUUCUUUAGAUGUUUAAGGCUUUUUAAGGACGCAUACAACAUUAAAUGUUUUUUUUUCUAUAGCAUUGUAGCAUCUUUUUUAAAGGUGUAUU